GGUGUGUAUGUUUUUGUCUCUCUUUAGUCUGGACCAUGGAGGACAUUUCAGGAUCAGACCAGGACUGAGAAAAUAUGCCUGUGAUCUCACACUGGAUCCAAACACAGCACACACUCAACUCAUCUUGUCUGAGAAGAACAAAAGAGCAACAUGCAAGAAAGAGCAUCAACAAUAUCCUGAUCAUCCAGACAGAUUUGAGAACUGUGAGCAGGUUAUGUGCAGAGAGAGUCUGACUGGACGCUGUUACUGGGAGGUUAAAUGGAGCGGCUCAGGUCAUGUAGCAAUGACAUAUAAAAGAAUCUGCAGGAAAGGAGGAAGUAACUGUAGGUUUGGACGGAAUGAAAUGUCAUGGAGUCUUUAUUGUAGUGAUAACUUGUACACUUUUUGGUACAAUAAUAAGACAACUGACAUUCCUGCCCCUACUCCCCGCUCUAAUAGAGUAGGAGUGUAUCUGGACUGGUCUGCUGGCUCUCUGUCCUUCUACUGCGUCUAUGACACACACACACACACACACAUACACACAUUCAACACCACACUCGCUGAACCCCUCUAUGCUGGAAUUGUAGUUUAUCCUGAUUGUUCAGUUUUUCUGUGUGAGAAUUAACAGCCUUCUGUGAGAAACCUCAGAGACUCAUAUGGAAGCACAUUUUAACCUCAGAGUCCUAAUCUUACAGUUGUAAUUUUCUCACAAUUUAAACUUGAAUACCUAGGUUAGUUACAGUUGCAAGAUAAAAGCUACACUGAAAAAAAUGUAUGAAAAAAAAGCCCAGUGAAAUGCAUGGCAGCAUAGGAUGCCACACGUUUACCAUUAAUGGAAACAACAGCCAAAGAGUCAAGACCAUAAACUAAAAUAACACAUUUAAAAUGUAAUAGGAAAAAUGCACUCUGACCUUAAACUACAAUAACAUGCUCAAAUUGCAAAUGGUACGCAAUAUGAUAUCAAUGAGGAAAAAUUAUUUGUGAUGUUUUUCCAGCUUAAAAUU